UUGGCUGGAACGUUGAGCAGAUGAAUUGUGGUUGGCGGAGCGUUUUGGAGCUAUCACUGAUGUAGAGAAGGUGACUGCAGAAGCUUCGGUGCUCAGAUGGAUGGUUGCCGCGGAUGAGAGCGGUGUCUCAUAGCCGGACAGGCCACCCAACGCAAACCAUGCAAGUAGCUGAGGACGCCCGCACCCAUUUGGAAGAUGAGCUGCUCUUCUGUGAAGAGUGCCGCCUUUAUUUUCAAGAGUCCUGCCCACAACACGGUCCCCCUACUUUUGUGGCUGACUCCCCUGUUCCAGAAAGGGCUCCGUCGCGGGCCUUGCUCUCUCUGCCGGAAGGACUUGUGGUCAAGGAGCGUCUCCAAGGAGGCUUUGGAGUAUGGAGCACUCUUCCAACCCUGCCUCGGGGCUGCAUCUUUGGACCCUAUGAGGGUAAAGUGGCCCGGGAACACAGCGACUGCACCCGUUAUUCCUGGGCGGUGCGGGACAAUGGCUCUUAUUUCUUUAUUGAUGCAUCAGAUGAUUCCAGAUCCAGCUGGAUGAAAUACGUGGCAUGUGCCUCCACUGAGGAUGAGCAGAACCUGACCGUUUUCCAGUACCGAGGCUACAUCUACUACCGGGUCUGCCAAACCAUAUCUGCUGAUACUGAGCUGCUGGUGUGGAUUGGAGAAGAGUAUGGCCGCACUCUGGGCUUGCACUUAGGUGAGCACUUUAAAUAUGAGUUUGGUGAGAAGGAGCUGUUGAUGAAACUCUUCCAAGAGCUGCGCCUGAAGACCCCUUCCUCUCCGCCUGUGUCCCAUGCCCCUUCCUCACGGACGCAGUACCUGUGUGGGGAUGCCACUGCCUCAACCCUACCCCUCCACAAGCCAGGCCUUCCACCUCCAGGAGGAAACACCUUCCCCAUGCUGGAAGGGACACAGAAUCUAGUGGGGUUGGGAAGGGCCCAAAGCCGCUACUGGACCUUCUUUGGCUUCCAGGGAGAUGCCUAUGGCCGCAUCCUCGACAAGAGUAAGAUAAUUUGCAAGCUCUGCGGGGUGCGGCUGAGCUACAGUGGGAACACCACCAACUUGCGGCAGCAUCUAAUCUACAAGCACCGUUGUGAAUACAAUCAACUGGUGGGGACCCAGACCACCACUCUCGAUAAAGGGAUGGUGGGGAUGGGUGAUUUUGGACCUUCCCGGACUCCCAUACCUGGCAGGACCACACGGGCUGUGGCUGAUUUCAUUGUGCUGGACCUCAUGCCCGUGGAAGUGGUGGAAGGGGAAGGUUUUGGGCAGAUGCUGGGAGUCCUAGAUCCCAGUUACAAGCCCCCCAAUGCUGCCUCCCUGGCUCAUACUGUACUGAAGGACAUGUACACCCAAGUGAAGCAGAAAAUCUGGGAGUUGGUGCAGGUCCUGCCCCAGUGCUCCCUCAGCCUGGACAUAUGGUGCCACAGCAGCAACCUUACCUACCUCACACUCACUGUGCACUAUGUGGACGACUGCUUUGAACCCCGCACAUGGGUCCUUUCCAGCCACCCCAUCCCUGAGGAGCCCAGCACUAAAAGCUUGGUUGAGGCCCUUGGUGAGGCAAGUAAGGAGUGGGGGGUGCGUGAGAGCACCUCAUACGUUGUGGGAGGCUUCAGAGGAGCCGCCAUGCAAGAAGCCGUAGCAGCCCUUGGCUGGACGGCUCUGCCUUGCAUUGGGCAAGCCUUGCGAGCGGCCAUGGAAGCCGUGCUAGGUCAGCCAGCAGUGCAAAGGGCUUUGGAGCGGCUUCACCGCUUGGCCUCCUGGGCUCUCACCGGGGCAGGGCGGUCUGAGAAACUGUGGAUCCAGGAGCCACUCCUGCAAACACACCUCAGUCGUUUCCAGCGAGAUGGAGGCAAAUGGCACAGUGUCUAUGCAGUCUUGCAGGGCCUGCUGGAGCACAGUGAACCUCUGGUAGGGCUGGGCCCAGAUGGGGAAGCAACCCUGCGUCCUCAGGAUUGGGCCGCUCUUCAAGAUACAGUUAAAGUCCUCAAACCCAUGGCAAUUGCUACCUCAACAUUUACCAAAGAUCCUUUCUCCAGCCUGUCCCUUGUCAAGCCCGUGCUGACCAGCCUCCUUUACAAGCACUUGGUAGCCAGUGAGUGGGAUUCGGCCCUGGCUCUGGAAUCCAAAGCAGCAGCCCAAAAGGAGCUGAACCAACUGUUCUCCAAUUUGGACGUUAACCAGGCCCUCAACCUGGCCUGUGCUCUGGACCCCCGCUUCCGUGGGCUCGAUUUCCUGAGUCACACUGACCGAGUGGAAACCCUGCACUUGCUCAAGACGGAAUCAUUGUGCCUGGCUGAGGCAUCCCCAGCACUGACCGCUGGUCUGCCUGAUGCCGUCUCUUCCUCCCCGCCUGCAAAGCUGCCCAAGCAGGAUACUGGCAUCGAGUUCCUGUUGGGAGAUCUAUACAGCAUGCGCAGUGCCGCAGGCAUCAGUUCUGCCCAUCAGCAGGCAGAACAAGAGACAGCUAGCUUCCAAACCAGCAAGGCCUCUGCCCUUGGCCAAGAGCCAUUGCAAUGGUGGAAGACGCACCACACUCAGUACCCACUGCUGGCCCAGGCGGCCCGCAAGCUGCUUGGUGUCCCUGCUACCUCUGUCCCUGCCGGUUGGCUCUUCAGCAAUGCUGGUGAUGCCAUCUGUGCAAAACGCCGAGCCCUGACACCGGAGCAUGUGGACAUGCUGGUCUUCCUCCAUGGCAACCGAGCCAUGCUGUAUUAAGACUUGCCAAUGUCAGGCGGGCAAAGUCUUCAGUAUAUCUGCCAAGAGACUCAGCCCCUUCUCCCCCAAACACACACAAAGAACAUACAGCAUAAAAAUGGAAAGUCUGUUUUCCCUUAUCUUCUAAGAAAAUUGCAAAGGUUUCAGAUAGAUAGAUAGAGAGAGAGAGAGAUAUAUUUGGACUGCAACAAAAAUCCCCCCCAGAUGGUAUGACUAGCAGCUUCUGGGGCUUGCAGUUCCAAAAAGUGAGUUUUCCAAGCUUUCAAAAUAAUUAUGUCUGAGAAAGAGGCAUGGUCUGUGUAUUUUGGAUUUAGUCUACCCUGAACCUAGGAUGGGGAGCCAUUUCCUGAUGUCAACAUAACCUGGAGGAAAAAAAUGAAGCCUUAUCAUUUAGUAGUCAUUUUGGAGAAGUGGAACGGCCCAUCUUCCAUACAGAAGGGGAGGCUGAGGAGAAAAAGAGUUUAUGAUAUGAUAGGUGAAAUGGAUGUAAAGCUUGAAGUGCAGGAAUAUUCCAUGUAUGCAAGGGGGCAGAAAGGAGAAAGUUAAUAUAUGCAUGGGAUGUAUAUUCCAAUCAUCCGUUAUUCCUCUGGUUUAAAAAUAUUUGAACACUGCAGAAGACAGGAAUGGUUCUGGAAAGGGGUGGAAGAAAAGAGCAUUUGAGGAUAGGAAUGGUCCAUGGAUAAGGCAGGGGAGGAUAUGAAGGAAUAGAGACAGGAUUGAUGUAUUUCAUAUGUACAAACGGAUAGGUGGAGCUCUGAAUACAUAGAAGGGGUGGAAGCCUAGAGAGACAAGUCCAUAUAAGAGUGGAAGAAGGCAGCAGAAAUAGUGUGGAAGGGCCAUUGGAGCUCAUCUUCAAAGGGAGGAAAAAAGCAUGGAAUAAUCCAAGUGGUUCUAGAUUAUAAUUCAUUAUAUUAUAGAGGGCAGAGGUGUGGUUUCCCAUGGUAAAUAUGAAUGUUCCUAAUUCAGAUUUACAAAUAGGUAAGUGUUACCUCUGGUUAAGAAGAGUACUGAUCAUUCAACAUUGCUAGACCCAGUUGGGAAGGGAUUUUAACACAAAGCAUACAGACAUACUGCUCUUGUCCUUUGGGGUGAGGGCUGAUGGGAGAGAAAAUUGCAGUUCCCGUUUCCAAAUUCUCCCUGUGAGUGGAAUUUUAAAAAAUCGUGUCAGAAGCGAAUUGAGAAUAUACCACAGUGGCGCAAUUGGAUAAACCCUUGUGCCGGCUGAAAUGCUGACCUGAACAUCUGACAGUCGGCAGUUUGAAUCCACAGGACGAGGUGAGCUCCCAUCUGUCAGCCCCAGCUUCCCUUGUAGGAACAUGAGAGAAGCCUCCCACAGGAUGAUAACACAUCUGGGCAUUCCCUGGGCAAUGUCUCUGUAGACGGCUGAUUCUCUCACACCAGAAGCGACUUGCAGUGACACUGCAGUGAAUGGGAUGCAUGUCUCUGUCUUAUUUUCUUCUCCCCUACCAUACCCUGUAGUAUUCAAGAAAUGACUCCAAAAAGUAAUGGUGACAUCAGGAACCACCGUGCCUCUUGGAAAUCUGGGAUAUUUUUUAGCCAUCAUGACUUUACCACUCUGGGCCAGUAAGGUGACAAUAAACCAAAGAAAGCAUUAGCCAUUGUUUUACUACUUCCUCUUUGUGUUCCUUUCCCCAGAGUCUCUUCCUUCAUAUAUGACCCCCACCCAUCUUCCCCUUGUUUGCAUGCCACUGAAAAAUUAAAACCUAUAAGGUAAAAGAUGAAGGAAUGUAACUGAAAAUAGGAACAGAAUCGUCCCCAAUAUUAUCACCCCCUACAUGAUAGGAGUGGUAUCCCACCCUACUCCAAGACGGUGCAAGAUUUUUGGGGACUUUUGUUUUGUAACUUCAAAUCAGUAAUUCAACAAGUAAAUAAAAAUGCUUUAUUUUUAAAA